AUGCGCGACGACCAGGACGUCUCGACGCCCCCGCCUAAGAGGAGACGAGGCCUCGUUUCUCCCGGCCCCGAGCGACGCGACGAGUCUGCCGAAUUUUCCGCCACCGAUGAAACGCCGCGGGCUUCACUCUCGCAGCGGGUCGCGCCCGUCUCCCUAGAUCGGGCGCGGGAUUCGACGGCGACGUCGUCCGUUUCCUCGCGGAACUCGCAGUCGACGUCGCAGCACUCGCGCGCGUCAUCGCCGCGGAAAAAGCUGACGGGUUUAGCUUUGAGGGAUGAUGGUGUGGAGAUGUUGACGGAGAUGGAUAUGGUCGCCAAUGCGGUGGGCGUGAUUUCGGAGGGUAGAAAGCUUGUCGGGUUUGAUGAAUGUUCCACGGCGGGAAUUAUCAAGGAAUACGUCCCGUGCUCGGCAUCUGGAAAGAAGGUCGACUUCUGCAUCUACGUGGACCCGUCCUACUCCACCGCCCCCGAAUCCUCGCGCCAGAUUAGUACGCUACGGCGAAGCUUACCGCUGCACUCUAUUAACAUUACGGACCUAGAGGCCGUCAACAAGACGCCCAUCGCGGUGAGCAUCGAAACGAAGCGCGCCAAUGCCGCCCUGGAUCAGGCCGAGUUGCAAAUUGGGGUCUGGCAGGCGGCACAGUGGAAUAUGCUAGAGGCCUUGGUCACUCAGCGCGUGGCGAGGAGUGUCACCGCUUCGGGUGCGCAGGGAGUCGGGGGUGUCGAGCACAAGGUGGCGGAGGCCCUCGAACGCCUUCCAUUUUUGCCAGCGCUGAUAGUCCACGGCCAUGAAUGGAAGCUUGCGGCGACAACUCGGGAAGGAAAGAAAACGGUUCGUAUCCCUAAAGCUCUUUGCUAA